AGUUGUAAGCAUUUUGCAGCGGCCUCAUAUUUUCUUGUGUGCAUUUGUGUAGAAAGAGAAUUAUACUUUAUCAAGAUGAACCAAUCCCAGAACAUGAGCCAACAAGCUGGCCAGGUCAAGGGCCAAGCUCAGGAAAAGGCCAGUGGCAUGAUGGACCAAAUGAGCAAUGCUGCCCAAUCUGCCAAGGAAUCAGCCCAAGGGGCUGGUCAGCAAAUGAUGGAGAAGGCACAGGGAGCAGCUGACUCCGUCAAGGAUGCAGUUGGAGCCAACAAAAGAAGCUAAGGUGAUGGGAGAUCUCAUCCGUCUGAUUCCUCCAAAAUUUUGUGUUCCUGUUUUUGUUUUGUGAUUCUUUCUCCUUUUUUCUUUUUUUGGGUUGAUCUUUUACUUAAACUUGCCAUUUGAAACAAGAACAGGGUCUGAUCAUGUAAUCCCUUACUGUUCAUUGAACAUUAUGCUAAUAAUUUCAAUUAUAUUUGUUUGUUAAAUUUUUUUUUUUUAUGCCAAAUGAAAUCGGAAGCCAUUUCUAUUUAAUUGCAAAUCAUAAUACGACACAUACAAAAACAAUUCAAUUGAGAGUAUGCUCCUUUUGUGUCCUUGUGUUUUGUUUUGUGAUUGUUUGUUAUUGGGUUGAUGUUUCGUAGACUUGACAUUUGAAGCAAGAACAAGGUCUGACCGUGUAUGCUAAUAAU